AUGUACUUAUCGCUUAAACACACGUCUGUUCGCUGCACAUCCACAUCUAGGUUAUACCCGACGCAGCCAUGGUGUAUACUACUGCUCUAUUCCGUCUGUUGGCAGCUGUGGUUGUGCUUACUCUGGUCGACGGUUCCUGUCCCGACUAUUGGACAUCGUAUGCAGCAAGCUGUUACACGCUGAUCAAGAAUCCGUCAACAUGGGCCGGAGCGGACGACAUUUGCAAAGAUUUUGAUGCUUUUCUCGUGGAGGUCGACACUAAUGCAGAAAACGAAUUCUUAAUAAGUUUUCUGAAAAACAAAAAAUUGAGCACAAGAGCAGUGUGGCUAGGAGGGAACGACCUACUGAGCGAGAGCCACUGGAUGUGGUCACACAGCCAAGAGCCGGUUAUAUUCACGGACUGGGCACCAACACAGCCAGACAAUGUGGCCAACACGGAGAAUUGUUUGGAAUUGGCAAUAGAAAGUAGGUUUGGCUUCAAGUGGAAUGACAACGUAUGUUCAGCGCGUCAGUAUUUCAUCUGUGAGCAACCUGAUUCAAGUAAUGCUAUCAUCGGUUAGAAUUGCGACGUUUUUAAAAAUAAACGCAAUGAACUCUUUAA